CUGGGAAUGCUUGGAAUCCUAUUGCGCAGCUGUUUUGGAGAAGGCUUUUGCCGUUUGUGAAAAUUGUCUCUGAAUUUCUGGACUUGGGAAGAGAGAAUAAUGGACCUCAGUUCGUUUGCUAUGCCUUUCCUGGAUGGCGAUGUAGAAACCUCUGAAAAAGAUAUCUCUCAUAAGGGUGAAGACAGCUCCCAUUCCAGUGGUAGUCCUUCCAAAGGAUUCUUCUCCCGGAAUUUUUACAACCGACCCUCCAGCCCCGUUUCUGCUCCAGUGAGGGUGAAGCAGAGCCCUGGUUCUCCAAAAACAGUAUUCCCUUUUCCCCAAGACUCUUCGCCAAGGUCUCCCCGGCGAAUGAGCUUCAGUGGGAUCUUCCGCUCCACCUCGAAGGAUUCCUCUGGCAGUUCCACCUCUACCUCGCCUGUCUCCAUGAAGUUUUUCUCCAGAUCAAGAAAAGCCUCGGGACUCUCUACUCCCUCCACCCCAGUACAAUCCACCAAACCAGCCUUCCCUCUGGAAUCGUACAAACAGGAACCUGAACGUUUGGAUGCUCGAUCUCGUUCCUACUCUUCACCGCCAGACACAGGCCAGCGAUUCUCUGUUCCGGUAGCCCCACCUAUGGUGGCAGUAAAGCCACUCGCCCCACAGACCAGCUCCAAUGCUACCUCAAAACCAGUAAGUAUGGAAGAACUGGCGUUGAAAGGAGUUGAAGCCAAAAUGUUAAGUGCUUUCAAGAAAAAGUUAGAUAUUGAUCUGAAGGGAUCAAAGGGUAUGGGGACAAAGAGUACUGAGCUGGGUGAUUAG